CACACACACACACACACACCUCUUAUCACUAGUUUGAGCAGGAGAGGCAAACAGAUCAAUAGGUGCCACUCGCAACGGUAAAGUGGAGGACUUUCUGUCAAAAACGAAGGAAAAGAUGUCGAUGGAAGGAAACAUUUAUCAAGAUUUAACCACAGAUGAAGGUUCUUAUCGCCAAACAUUUGGACAAGGUCUGCUGGCAGACAGAGCUGGAUUUGGUUUUCAACACAACCGACUGGUUAUACUGAGCCUGGGCCUGCUCAAUGCCGCUCUGCUGAUAGCUGCUGCUGUCAUUGGGAUUUACUGUGCUAAUGCAAAAGACCUCCAGGUUUCAGAUUUAGCAGCUACACCCCUCAUCCUGGAGAUGAACUUCCUCCGCAACCAAACGGGCAUCAUGAAAGCCAAAGCAGAGGCCCAGUCAGCUCUGAUGAAAGAGCGUGCGGACUUUGCGCGAGUAAAGCUGGAACUGAUGCGGAAUAAAGCCAAGACUGACCGCCUUGAGAAAACAAUUAGGGCUCUGCAAGCAGAAAAAACAAAUCUGCAGUCAAAUAGAACUGCUUUGGAGAAAAACUGUGACAGAUGCCCACCGCAAUGGGUUCUGUUGAAGACAGCCUGCUAUUAUUUUUCUAAUAAUGAAGCUGAUUCAAAAAAGAACUGGUCAGAGAGCAGAGCAGACUGUGUCAGUAAAGGUGGUGACUUGGUGUCCAUCAACAGCUUGGAGGAACAGCAAACGAUUAGUGCUAAUUUUCCGAGGCAGGAGAGCAGCAGCAACAUGUGGUGGUUGAACGGUUACUGGAUCGGCCUCAAGGCUGUCGAACCCCAGGGACCRUGGAUGUGGGUACAUAACAAGACUGAGGAGUCUUCACUGUACUGGAAAUCAGGAUAUCCCCAAACCAGUCAAACUUGGAGUGGAAACUGUGCUGCGUUUCUCUACUAUGAWGAUACUAUGAGAACGUGGUAUAACGCAAAUUGCCACCAGAAUCGACUGAACUGGAUCUGUGAGAUGAAGCCAAGCAGAAACUAAACUUUCUCAUACAGUUAUGGUAGACGAAAUAAUAAAAGAAGGGUCAAGUCAUAAUAAUGUUUUCAAAACACGAAAUAUAAUCAGAUACAAAAYAACGUAUGUUGUGAAUGAUUCGUCAUUUUAAGAUGUAAACUGUAAAGAAUGGCAACAUACUGUAUGUAUUUUCCAAUCAUUUUUUAAUGAUUUAAACUGCUAAAUAAAUGAGCUCACAGUGGCCUAACAUGACUGUUGUUUAACUAGAAAUUAGCUAGAAUUAAAGCAUUUUUUAUAAUGUGUUWGGGAUAAUCAUUUUAACUCAAUAAAUACAAUAAACGUUUUUAUUGAUAAAAUGGUGUCAAAUAAAUUUGAGAUCGUCUCGUUUUGGAGAACAGAAYGGCUCUUAAAGUGACCUGUAACCUCUGUAAAUUUUUAACAAACUUGAUUUUGUGUGUGCGACGUUACACACACACACACAGUGGACAUCCAGGGCAAUGUCCUGACAAACCAUUUCUGCUGGAAAAUCCCGUCCCUCUCCUCUCAAGCUAACAACCAGAAAUGGAGGACAAAGAAAUUCCAGCUGGCUCCUAUAAGCAACUAACUAGAGUGGAAGAAACAACUGAAGAUGAACUUCCUCUUCACUUAAACCAGGAACAACGAGUGACCAUGUCCACACUGAGACCUGAAUCCAGUCUGAAUACCUACAAACUGCUUGUUGCCAGUCUGGCGGUGCUUGCUGCUAUUCUGCUAGCAGUUGAUAUUGGCCUGGGAGUCUACUACAGCAAACUGACUGACGGCAACAUUGUGAGUGACCUGAACAGAGAGAUAGCCAAACUGCAGACUUCUUACAACGCUGCGGUCCGAAGCAGGGACGAAGCCCAGAAGCAGCUGGAGGCRGAGCGCAAGCAGCAGCAGGUCACCAGGUGGGAGCAUGCUCACGUGAGCACCAGAAUCAAAGACUACGAGAAGCAGGUGGAAAAGGUUGAGAUGGAAAUUGCGUCACUGAAAUCCCACCUACCAAUGAUAAGAGAGGGCUGCAGACACUGCCUGCCUGGAUGGACUUUCUUGAGCUCACGCUGUUUCUACUUCCCGUUCUCCAACACAAUUUACCGCACAACAUGGCAGGAGGCCCGGCAGUUCUGCCAGAGGCUGGGGAGCGACUUGGCCGUCAUAGACACAAGAGAAAAAAACCUGGCAGUGAAUGAGCUGGUAAGAAAUAAUCAGGACUCGUCCAGGUCCUUUUACCAGAAUGGCUUCUGGAUCGGGCUGACAGAUACAGAAGAGGAAGGAGUUUGGAAAUGGAUUACUGGGUUGAGGCUGAAUCAGGGGUUUUGGCAUGAUGGAGAGCCGAACAACAACAACAACGAGGACUGUGUAGCUGUGUAUCCCAACUUCAACCCCUUCCUGUCUUGGAACGAUGCGCCGUGCAGUUAUAACCUGAUGUGGAUUUGUGAAACGUCCCCAAGGGCGACGGGUUAAUGAAUUUAUUAUUAUAAAAAAGAGAGGGGAAACCCAUAAUAUGCUUAAWUGCUUUAACAAAAUAAAUACACUUUUCUGACUUG